GGUAGCCGUAGUCCUGGUAAAACUCAUGCAGAAAAAAUUGGUUUUGCAGCUUUGUUAGUGUCGUUGCUAUAGUUGCAGUUGACGCAAACGUUAGAACAAUCGAAGAACCGUUUGUGUCAGCAGAACCAUCUACUCCCGGAUCUAUUGGAACAAAGUUCUUGGUAGGAUUCAUGCAAAAUGUUCUCCCAAGAACUGUAGGGAACACUGUGCCUGAUGCAUACCUACUGGUGACGACCAAUGAGACUGGAGUGGUGGAGUUUGAUGUGACAACCAUGUUUGGUGGUGUGCAAAGCUCCAGCACAUAUACAGUGGAUUCAACUGCACCGACACGAGUCAACUUUCCAGCUGAUGACGUCUAUGUGACAAAUAUUCAGGAUAGGGAUAAAGCUAUUUGGGUGCAAACUAGUAACAACAAGAAGAUAGCCAUCAAAGUUGUCAAUGAUGAAUUCCGCUCUUCCGACGGAUUUGUUGCUCUCCCAUGUGAUUCAAUGACAGUACCAUCAGAUUUUCGCAUAUAUGAAUAUCUCAUUCUCUCCACUAAUCAAGACACGACAGGCCAGUCAGGAAGCACACCAAGAUCCAGCCAGUUUCUUGUCAUUACUUGUGAUGAUGACACACAGGUUGCUGUAACGCCAUCAACUGCAAUCAGUGGAAGUGGUGCCUUUCAACACACUCUAUUUGGUCCAGGAGAAUCACAAGCAUCAUCAAACUGGCGAGUCAACACAAACAACAACCUAAUACCUGCACAACAGACGCUCUUGAUCUCAAUUACCAAUCAAGACCUUACCGGACUGUGGUACAGGGAAACAAGCCAUUAGUAGUAAUUUCUGGUCAUCAGUGUGGACAAGUUACUGAGAGUGUUACAACAUGUGACCAUGUGGCAGCUCAGAUACCUCCACACACGACAUGGGGCUACACAUUCCUGCUAAACCCUCUCAGUGGAAGACGAAGUGGAGACUUGUAUCGUUUUGCAACCCUCCAGGACGACACUGACAUUACCAUCACAUGUGUGAAUGCUGGAAGCAGUACUGCAACAGUUGAGUAUACAACAACUCUGAAUUCUGCUCAAGGUUCUAACUGGGGACAGUUUGAAACCCACUCUGAAGGUUGUAGUGCCCCUUAUGUCCCAAAAUAUUGCUGCUUGGAAUCCUCCAAUCCUGUCAUACUAGCUCAGUACAGCUAUGGCUACACAAGGGAUGCAGCAUGCAAUGGAGGAGAGCUUGGAGAUCCCUUCAUGAGUGUGAUUCCUCCAAUGGCUCAGUAUUUACGCUUUUACCACCUUGUUCCAGUCAGUUUUUCGUCGGGACCUAUUGUCAAUCAUUUCUUCAGUGUUUCUGUUCCAGUGAGAUACUUUCAACCAUGUAGAAUUAUGUUGGACAAUGCUCCAUUGGAAGCUAAUGCUACUCUGUGGCAAGCCAUCUACUGCAGCACUGGAGAAAUCUGUGGAUAUGGCAUUACAAAGGACUUUGAUAAUCAGUACCA